AUGGCUGCUCGGUUGGAGGCAAUUGCAGCAGAAUACUUUCUGCCUGCAAAACCUGAGAACCGUACGAGGGAAGGAGACAGCGUUAGCAGCAAGGGUGGUAAGAUAACACACACCUCUGCUGAAGCAGCGGCAGGAAAUAGCGGUCAAUACCCACCAACUUCUUCACAGGAAUCCGAAACGGAUAAGAAGCGCGGUGGUGUUAGCGAAGAUGACUGUGGAAAGUCUUCAACACCUUUAGCAUUGCUUGACAGCGCACAUAUUCUUCCCCCUCUCAUGCUCUAUUUUGAAUGCCUACCAACGGAAUGGGAAACAACGCCUGCUGUAUCCGCAAAUCAACCAGCGGUUCCAGGUUUAGUGCGGACAUCGGCGUCAGGUGGCGUGCCAACAGGGUGUGAAGUUGCGUGGCAACGCCCAAGGCAAUUCGGAUCGGAUCCUAGUGAUAAAUCUUUUUGUGCAAAGUGGUAUGGAAAGCGUAGGAGGCAGGGCACUCAGAAAGAAAUGGGAGCCGCGGUCUCAUGUGAAGAUAGGUAUAGGGGAAGGCAGCGAGUACAAUCGGACAAUGGCCUCUGGAGGUGGUGUGAUGACAUGGAUGUGUUUGCAAACUUUGCACAGCCCCCGUUGAGUGUUGUUUGCGCUUCGUAUGAGAUGCUGGACGAAAGGCACCAACGUGGUCUUAACGCGGUCACCACACUAGUAGAAAAGUGCAACGACUCUUUUCAUCGCGAGCAGUGGGUCACGGCGACCUCGUUGUCCAUGCAGCGCCCACCAUUUGGGUUCGGAAGCACUGAGGCAGGCACUUCUACUAAUGCUGGUUCCAUGCCUGCUUGUGCCUCAACCCCGACACCGACUCUUACAGACUAUCGUAGUUCCAUUGUAAACUCUCUUAACAGUUUUUUGCGUAGCUUGAGCAAGCGCGGUGACCAAGUUCUCGUGUUGCAUAUAAUUAUACGAGUGGCCACGUGGCGGUUUUGUAGUAGGAACGAGAGGGUUACUCUUUUAUUUAAUCACAUCCACGCAUGUUUGCCGACUGUUCACCCAUCAACGGCAACUCUAGCAAUGGAAGCGUGGGCGCAACUUCACGCGAUAGGGGCAAGCUCCACGGUAUACUUGAAAAUUGCGACCGAGAUGUUGCGACUGGCAUGCACUUUUAUAAGUGAUGUGAGUGUGCCUGCGGGCCAAGUUAGUGGGUUUAUUAUGAUCCACCACAUAGCGCAGUGGCCUUACUUGCUAUAUCGUACUUUACUGCGUGACGAAAGAGAUCGGCUCUUGCUCGUGAUAUGGAAAUCAUUGAUGAGCACUCACCAGCCACACGUGCGCGAGUUGGCGGCAGUGGCGCUGCGAAGCUUGUUUAUUCUGGAUAUCGUACGGGGAAGUUAUUCUUGUAUGCGCGAGUUGUUGGACCGAGCUGCUUUACUUGUACUAUCACCCGGUGACCACCAAAAGGCACCUUUAUCUUCUCCACGUACUGCACCAGUCACCAAAGGUGCCGCCCAUAAGUCACAGCGUGCAACACCGUUAGGCACUUCGUUAAAACAGUUGGAAGCACCCCUUUUAGUGGGCGAAACCGCUUGUACUCCGAGGGCUGUUGUUGGCACUGAAUCUGUCGGUACUGGACAAUGUUGUCGAGAGGGCACCUCAUGUACAAUUACACUCCCGAGUAUCCCUUUUUUUGGGUGCACGAUAGCCCGUCAAUAUUGUUUGAACUGGAAUUCAUCAUCUGGUGACGGUGGUGCGACUUUAGUUGCCACGGAAAGCGGUAGUAGUGGAGGGGACUUGCUGAGGCCGGCUGCAGAAGAGGCUGUUGUUGUCGCGAAGGGUGAACUGGGGAAUGUAGAGGGGCGUUGUUUUGUACCGCGGUUAUCCCCUCCUGCUAAUGACGAACCAUUUUUGUGCGGGUAUAUUAAACAAGUUGAUCCGGCCAAUAAGCGCUUUAAGAACCGGUUGGCAACGAUCGCCCCGUCUCACAACGCGGAUACCAACUUGCAUGCUAGCACCCUCGUGAUUGGAGCGUUCGUGAGUGCCCUGCGUUCCUGUGCUGCCUUCCUUGAAAUUCCUCCCUUAGUUGGUGCAGAAGAUACACAACCUGGUGUGGCCACAGGUCUACGAGGUGCUAACGGAGGCGAAACCGUGUCUGUCAGUGAAGCACAGGGAGGUCCUCCGUGUUCGUCUGAGAGUAGCGAGGAAACCGAUUCAUGCAGGAGAUCAACCAGUCUUGCCGGUAGCAGCCCUUUGUAUGACACUGCUGGCGGUGCCAAAACCACUUUGUCGAUUGCAGCCGUGAUGGAGCACCUUGACGAAACUUCACUAGGGCGGUCACCACCAAAAGGGGGAAAAUAUCACGCGGCGCCAAAUACUGGGGAUCGGCGAUCGCUCGGUUAUCCUUCUCGGAGUCAGGAGGGGCAGGGCUCUGCACCAGCGGUCCCUGAUGAUACCAGAAAGGUCAAAGAAUUGGUGUUGUGGAGGUUAUUCCCAGUGCAACCACUUCUCCAAUGCUUAGCGCGUGAACGACAGGAUAAAUCAAGCUCUUUAUGGCAUGUCGAGCGACUGGUUGCUGUUUUGGCACUUUAUGGUCUUCAUACUCUGAAGGAGGGUGAAAUUCGUGGAGCUUUAGACAUGCUUUUAAGAAGGGCUAAGGUGGCGCAUAGGAAGGCUGCGGCUGGUAAACAGCAGCAGGAGGCGUGUGUUCUACACGUAGCCCUUCCUGCAUCUGCCGCUUUUGGUAACUCCACAGUUGGUGGUGGAGUCGGCAGUAUUGCUGGAGACACAGUUGGGACCAGUGAGAAAGACAUGUACACACUGUCUCUCGUCAACUUGUCUCUUUUUCUUUCAGCUAUUGCAGUGAAGUAUCCGCAACUGUUUGAGGUUACGUUUGUAAGCCAUAUUUACCCGAUGCUUUUCUACGCUCUUCAGCAGGCAACACCAGCUUACUGUCCCGCCGCCAGUGCAGUUCUCGCUUUACUGGUACACAACUUUCCCGUAUCAAGUCGUGACCGGUUGCAACCCAUCGUAGAGCGACUCACUGGUAUCGCUACUUCAAUGCCUUUCAGCACACAUACACUGGGGGCUACCGCAAAAAUUUGUGGUGUUUACAGAGAAAUGCGGCUUCAUUGCUGCCUCGCUUUGUUGCAGCGUAUUGCUGAAGUAUUGAACGAUAAUGGGCCGGUGAUCGUGCGGGGCGCCAGGGACACGGCGGUAAGCGAUAUGGAGAGGGAGUCCGUCUGCACCGAUUUCCCCCUGAAGAGCGCAUCCGACACCAGGAGGAAGAUUGUUUGCUUUCGUGUGCUUCACACUGUAUGCAUGGAGUGGGAGGGCACCGCUCUAUUUUUCCUUGAGGUGUGUGCUCCAUAUUUACAUCAUCAGAACACCGUCCUCAGGCGUGCGUGCGUGCAAUCAUGUGUACGUCUGCUACUGUCGGAUUGUUUCCUUUCAAGAGCCGAGAGAGUGGGCGGUUCACCACUGAGUGAUGCGCUGGAUGGUGAAGUGGAGCAGAUGGCAGCGUGCGCCGUGAAGUGCCUGUGGGAUGGAGACUUGAAAAUCGGGUCUCUCUGCGCUCCGUGCAAUCCGACACUAUACAGGAGCGAGAGAAACGGGAUUAUCACCUCCGAGACCCGAGCGUACCCCUUCCUUGCACAUGCGUUUGAUAACGUUAAUUUGUGCGACGUAGGGAACGUCCGUCGUGGUUUCGGUGACGAUGGCGACACCAACAGCGAAGAUGAAAACAACCUUAAUCUUGACCGAGCGCUAGAGUGCUCACCGCUUGAGUCGUCAAACCAUGACGCAACCUUCACGUGCGAGCGCCACACAGGGCGGUCCCAUAACAAUAUUUUGCGCGAAGUGUUGCAUCGCCUCGUUGUGGUUGCGUUGUGCGACCCCGAUGAAACCAUACGUCACUCGGCACUCAAUAGUCUUACCAAGGAGACGGAUCAGUUUCUUUACACCCACAAGGAGAUAGUUGACCUAAUUUUCUCAGCCCUCAACGAUGAGUACCCACCUAAUCGAUUGCAGGCAGUAAGGAUACUACGACGACUUGGACACUACAUUCCGAUGGUUGUGUACCCACGGCUGCGAAAAGUAUUUUCGCUAGUGAUCCAAGAUUUCCACAGCACAAUGACCAGCUCGGUGAAAAAAUCAAAGGUUGUUCAAAAAGGGGAUGAGUGGGCGGGAGCUCGCGGUAACUGUGAGCUUUCUUAUGGUAGUAGUCAGAGCCAUAGAGUCAACGCAGAUACCCCUACGAACGCAUUUACCUCUAACAGCACCAGUAAUGUCGUGAAGUAUAGUGCCGAUGAGAUGAUGCUUCUUUUCGAACUUGUGCAGUCGGUACCAAACUUCAUUCCAAUUUACAUCGAUACUAUGCUACAACUCUUGCAGCAAGUGCUUGUACCCCACGAUAUGCUGGAACGCGGAACUGUCAUUACCGCUCUUCACAUUGUUUCUUUCCUCAUGGACGAAACCACUCGGGUGGAAUGGCCAAAAUUUGAGGUAUUACUUAGGCCACUUUCGCAGCAGUUACUGCUGCGUGACAAUGACACCAAUAGGCUACACGUGGCUAUUGGCACUUUGCAGAAGCUCAUACAAUAUGUUGUCAUUGGAAAUCCUUUCGAUCAAAGGGAUGAUUUGAAACUUACUGUUGAGAGCCUUUACUCACUUCUCUACCGUAGGCCACCUAUUGACACUGAGCUUUCCCUCUCGGUGGUUAAGCUCCUGGGGACAAUUAGUGCCAUUUGCACUGACCGUAAGUUUGACGACCCACAGAGUACCCCUCUUCUUACCCUUGCUACACUCAGCGGAAGUCGUGGAAAUUUUGGAACCUUCGCUAGCACGUACCAGCUAUCCAUUCGACCAACUCCGGGCUACGCGAUGUUUCUCAGGGCGGCUCGACCAGAAGCUCCUUUUUAUGGUAAUGAGGCAAAAAGUGGGCGCAGUUCGCAACUCACCGAUUAUUUGUGGCCUGAUGUUAUGUUGCGUGUGUUGCUCCGAACCCUUUCCGAUGCACUUGACGAUAUUAUUGCCUUUACUGACGAGGAACUACAAGCCUGCCUGCAGGCAGCAGUGGCGGUCCUGCGCAGCUCCGACGCACCUUCAAAGUUGCAACUGUACCUUCCUCCACUAUUGAGUGUUCUUGCAGGCUUGCUGGAACGCACAGAUGAGGAUGCUCCCCUCCGUGUAUAUGUCACAGAAAGUAUCGUUGAACUAGUAAAGCCGGCCGGACGAACUAUUGCUCCGAUGUUUGAGCUUCUUGUUGUCUUCCUGAGUGAGCACCUAAUGUCUUCAAUUUACACACUUCCAAGUUGUUGCAAGCUUCUGAUCGGCCUUUGCGAGGCAUCUCCAGAUUUGGUUCAAGAGCACUGUGAAUGGUUUGUUUUGCUACUGUUGGGAAAGCUAAUGCACCACGUUGAAAUGGCGACAUCAGCUACAGCCUCCGCGACUAUGCAGAGACAGAGACGUAAUCAAAAACAAGGAGCCCCGCAGCAGAUUCCUAAUGACUUCGAUCCAUCACCACAAGACACUAUAGCAAGGUCUUAUGUACCGGGUUCAGUUAUAGGUGUUGUCCUCCAAGCCGUUCUGGCAUUGCUUCCCAUUGCCGAUGGGUCGACGGUUCAUUACGCAUGCCUCAUGUUUUCACAAAUAUUGAGGCGUGCGGGCGGCAUAUCGGAGCCGCUCAUGGUGGGUGAGGAGACUGUAGAGGGUCACACAUCGAACGUUACCGUUCCUACGGGACUUAGUGUUGAAGUUAUAAGGGGCAUUGUGCAAGCCUUGGUGGACCUUCUUGAAAAUUUUGACCUGACAGCAAUUUCUAUGUUCGUGGUCGAGACGGCACUGCUGCUACUUCGAAUCUACGCAAAAGCCGCCCAUGGAGUGACCAACCAGCCUUCUACCAGAUGCUCAGAAGAAGAAUCGACACGGAGAAACAUCUUGUUGGUACCCGCUGGUAACACUCCUAAGAUACAGGAGACACCUAAAAUAACUUUGGGGAGCUUGCCUUACGGGCACCAAGAACCACCUAAAACAUGGUUUAGUCAAUCUCCGUUGUCUCGCUUGGUAGUGGAGGAAAUUGUGAACAAGAACACAAGCAUCACUUACCGUUUUCCCUUCGAUGAAGUGACCACCUCGUGGGAGGCACAAGUGGAAAUGGAUCUCCUCGCAUGCGUGUUCCUGGUGUGUGGCCGUUGCAGGUUACCGGCUGUGUCGUAUGAGUUAGUUGUCGGCGAAUAUAUCGAAGAGCGCUUUCAACCAAGUGAGCGGAUAAAAGAGUUCUUUAGGGCUGUCUCGUCUCCAACUUCCCGUGUUUCUCUUCUUCAUGGUAGCCAGCAGAAACCACCUCUAAAUUCACCGUUGCGUUCUGACGGUUUCGCGGCAGAGACGGAGUUACGUGGGGAAACGAUAGGUAUGACACCAUCUUGCGAAAAAACGGCGACUCCCACAAAAUUUGAGAGAGCAUGGAGCAGCAUGCAUCAGUUGGUAAAACAUACAUGCUUCGACGGAGACAUACCGCGGAAGUCCGCCCCCAUUCCAAUGGGUUCUACAAACUUUCCAUCAAGCAUGCGGUCUUCUCUAUUGUCAUCGCCGUAUCCAACACAAAAUGUAUCGUCAGUUAGAGAUAUUUCCGUUUUUGCUGGCAGAGAAUCAGGGCCUGGGGUUGGGUGCACCACGCAUGUCACGCCUGCAAGCAACAUAUCCCCUGUGGCAUUUGUUUCUGGGGACCGCUUGCUAGCAAGAGUUGCUUCCAGUUUGUCUGAAAAUGAAGAGUUGAGGAGCCUUGGAAGAAAACGGUUGUCACAAGUCUGUGAAUCACCAUUCAGUGUUGGUGGUGGCGUAGUGAACUUAAGCGGGCGGGCUCCAUCAUCAGAAGUUCAAGCGCUAGCAGAUAAUGUUUCUCUGGACAUUGGGCGGGAUUACGAUAAUGAAAAUAUGGAUGGUGAUAUAGAGGAGCAGCGCUUUUUCAAAUUGCACGAAAACCUCUCCAACAGUGAGUGGCGACCUUGGUUUGAGCUGUUCUGCGUUAUCCUAGUGGAGUGCAGCGACCACGCAUGUGUGAGUAGCUGCACUUCUCUGCUGAGACGGCAUUUCAGUAUAUUUUCCUCCGAUAUUCUUCCAGUUGCCUUCCUUUCCCAUCUGGUUGCAUGCGAUUGCAAAAGAAUGGUGCGGUGGCUAGAGCUGCUCCGUGACUUCGCAUAUGCACACGAUUAUAUUCCCCAUACGAUAGCAGGGGCACUGGCCCAGCUUGCAUACAACGUGCGGUUGACUCGAGAGGCCUUACUUCCCCCCUCAUUGGCGAAAACUGUCGCCGAAGAAUUUGUCACCUUGGAUCUUGUCGCCACACUCGCCGAAAAAGCGCUUGACGCCCCUCUCGUGCUUGUGUGCGCUGAGGAGAAAUUAUUAUCUGAAUUUUCCUGGGAGGCCGCAGCAAGGUUGUACAGAGCUCUAGAAGAUUUAAACUAUCCAUUUCGUACUAAUAUUUUGUGCAACCAACCCGGCUUUCGCAACGCCAUCCGUAAGUUGAUGAGAAACUGCAACGGAGAAAAACAGGAAGAACACUGCUGGGAUACUCCAGUGUGCGCUGCAGAUGGCGUGCCUGGAGAAAGUGAUCAUAACUCACCUUUUCCGUGGGAGGUGGCCGAUGACGCCACAAGCGUUUUUGGGCUCUCUCCAAUGCUAUGUGGUGUUUGUCCAGUUGCAACAGACCCUAGCAGUUGGAGGCGAGAAGAGAACACGAAGGUGAAGAAACGUAUGCCUCCACCAGUGGUGUUGGAGUUUGCGUGGCCAGAGGUAGCGUUGGGUCAGUACCUCCGCUUAAUUUGCAUUGGACUGGAUGACGUUCACUCUGAAGAGGCUGUUGGAGGUCAUAGUUGCCCAACAAGUUUGGGGAGAGAGUUACCAGUCAAAAUUUCUUCAAACGAUGUAGUAGGAGCGAUGCGCUGCUACAUGCGGGUGUAUGAUUUUGAGAGUAUUUUAAAUCUCUGGAAGGUCGUGAAGGGUAUCCGACUUCUACGGCGAGCUGACGAGAGAGCAGUUAACAACCGUUUCCAUGAAAUAGAGCGGUCUUUGCUUCGCACGAUGUGGCCCACAUCUGAGUGUCCGACAGAGGCUCACAUUGCAAAUUUUGUGGUGUCAGCGGCUAAAUCGCUUUCUCGAUGGGAUGUUGUGAAGGAACUGAGCUACAACGACUUUCUCCCAGACGGUGAAGGCAACUCCCAGUUCACACAGCCAUAUAGAAGCUUCCCUUUUUAUAAGCAGAUGGAAAUAUCUCGUGCCGCCGCGUUGGUUAAAUCGAAGUGCUAUGGUGAGGCGAAAGGGGUGCUAGCCCCUUUACGUGCCGCUUUAAGGGAUUCAUACACCGUAUUCUACACUGAAAAUGCGCGACUCAAAAUUGAACUGAGUGUUAUGUUUCAGGAAAUAUCGGACCUCGAGGAAGGCAUCAACGCCAUAGAGCUUAAGAGAACCACAGGAGGUGCUAGCAGUGAUUUUCCAGCCGGCAGUGGACCCCUUCCUGGCAUAGGCACUUCCCAUUCAGUGGGCAAUUCCGUUUGUGCUUCGCCCGAACUGUGUGGAGAGGGGAGGGCUGACUAUUCACCCUCUUACGCUGGAACGCAUGCCGGUCACGAGCAACACUACAGCCAGGGGAAAAGAUGUAUGGCUUAUACGGAGGCCACGAUGCGUCGCCUACAGAACAUUGCUGGUCGUCUUCUUCCUGAACACAGCACUAUUCUUCAGCGGUUUGAGAUAAUAGCCCUCCGAAGCACCCUCGGUCCUCCGGAAUGGCAACUGCAAAAUAUUCUGAUAUUGUGUGAACGCAUUGCCGAAGAGGGUAAACCACGACGUGCUGUACAAGCGAUUGAACAUUUUCUUACCCCUCCUAUCGAUGAUGCUGAUCGGGAAGGAUAUCGCGAAUACAGAAGUAGUUUAAUGUUGGAAAAGUACCGUAUCGGACUGCAACACCUGUGUGACCCGCAAGAUCUUGAGAGUUUGUCACAUCAAAUUGCUUGGGAGAUGUCCAUUGAUAUUGAUAUGUUCACCGGAAGCCAACCCACUCCUGUGCAGUUGGCUGCAGAGGAUCCGAGUUCAUGUUUACGCUGUGCAUACACAGGUGCCAUCGGCCAAGAACGCAGUGAGUCAAUGUUGCUUCUCUUGUUGUGUCAGCGCAAGAUGGUUCGUGCUAAACGGCGACAAAGACACUGUUUUUCUUCCGGUAGCGCAAUAGGCGCUUCAAACGGCUUUGCGGCGGAACCCGUAGAAAGUGUAAACGUUAUAUCUUCACAAUCUGAAGACAAUGGUUCGUCUAAGAUCAGGAGCCCAUUGUGCAGUAAUGGGGCCACUGGACGAGUAGAGUGCACUAUCGACUGCCCUAGGAGUGAUGCUGAAAUCGUUCGUGAGUACUAUCGUAUCGAGGAAAUUGUUAGCACACAUGAAGCAACGGCCUCUGUUUGGCGCGAGUUGGGGUUGCUGCUGUUUGAUGUAUGCAUGGCCAUAUACAAGGAGUGGGUUUGUACGCGCGAGUCCAAGACGCUCAGCAAUUUCUGCAUACGGUCGAAGGAAGCGAUCAGUGCACUGCAGAAGGCUGUUACGAUUUGGAACACUCAAACAUUCAGUUCAAUCUCCGGAGUUGGUCCAUAUCAGAGCACUUCUGUGCGUCGCCUGCGUCACUCUCGCACCGCACUACCGGUUGUUCACCUCCUUUUGAAGUCGUUACAUCUGGCGAUGAUGUUAAGCGAUAUUUUGAGCGAUGAAGCGCAUCUUAAGUGUUUGAAUAACGUCGGAAGCACGUCCCCUACGGCAGCUGAAGCCUCGGAAAAAUGCGAUGAUGAUUACAUCGGUGGCGACUUUCACCAAGCACCGAGGAGUAGUUGUGCUGAUUCAGUCAAUGAGGUGCUGGAGGACAGCAAGCCAUGGUCUGAGGGCAUGGGUUUCUUGAAUUUGGAUUUCUCGCCUGGAAUGCAUCUGCACUGGGGAUGUGCAUUACCGUUCUUGAUAAACGCCGCCGCGCGAUACGAUGAGCUGCGUAGCGUGGUGCGUGAUAUGUGUUCGCAUUCACGGGUUAUGCUGUACCAGUGUGUGUAUCAGUUGGUUUCUCUUGACCACAACUACUCUGAUGGGUGCAAAACAGAAAGGGAACUAAGUCACGAGCACAAUAACCCUUGUGGUCUGCGGUCCCCUUCCUGUAUUUCAACCGCUGCGCCGUCGGUACCUUGCUCGCAAGUCCCCGUGGAAGAACAGCUUCUGGCGGAGGACACCGUUAAACGGAUGGCUACGCAGGAACCACAGGAAGAAAGGUCGCAAAGGUUUGGUCAGUUCACUGACAUUCUUUCUAAUCUGGGGACUGUAAGUGAAGAGCAUAGAACGGUUAUUGAUCAAACAUUGCAGUUCUGCGAAUUCGUGAUGGGCGACAAAGGGACAACCCUCAUUCUUGGCGGUUGCGCCUUGCCUGUACCUCUGUGGAACCUCCAGCGCUACAUGGCCAUGACGUGUUUGACAGGGGAAACGACUGGCAAAUUCUGCGAAGCAGUCAAAGCUGGAUCGACUGGUGCGGUUAGGGCAGCAUUGGUUUCUGGGGUGUGUAGUACCAGUGUCGAGUUGCAACGUAUUCAACAAGUACGCCGUCAAAUGUGUUGUCCUUCCGCGGAGGGAACACAAGAAGAAGUAUUCGUGCUUCUGCUAUCUGAUGGAACAAUGCCACGCUUUCACCGAUUUAUUCCCACGGGAGGUUCUUCUACAGACUGUGGAGGUAAAACCAGUGGGGGAGCAGUACCUAUCACACAGCCGUUCCACGCAAGUCCGUGCGAUGUACGUCGAAAUACAAAAGGGUUGAACUGUCCCUCAGCUCUUUUCUCCGAUGUGAAUUCUUUUUUCUCCCAGCCCUGUGAAUCAAGCACCCCUGUACCGGUAGCGAACCAUUUUGUCCGUUUUACUGCAGACCAACGUCAGUUUCCCGGUUUCCAGGAACCUUCUAACUAUGUGCCCCCAAUUGCGGCGAUGGAAUGUGUGAUCAGCUGUUUACUAGGUCACUUGCCCGUUCGGUAUCUCCGCAGGCCUCUGGUGUUGCCACUAGGAUUGAAGGAUUUCAUCACCCAAUUACCUAACGUUGCCGUCACUUCCUCCAACUGGCAGAUGAAGUUGCCGCCGUCGCUGCAGGCUAAGUGUACUGCAUUCAUGGGACGCCAACCGUUGUCACUCUUUCAUAUUCUUAAUGAGUACAAGAAACAUUUGUUCAGUAAUUCGGCCCUCGACGGACGGCGGGAUGAUCAUCACGGGUGUCAGAGUAGAGUUUUUAGUGGCGGAAGUGACGGCUCACCGAGGUGUAGUCCCGUGGCCAAGGCUGAGAUGCGUGCAGCUUCCCCACCACAUCAUCGGCGGCAUCGCAGCAAGAAAAGAGGGCUUUCAACGCAGUAUGAACAACGUUUGGCGCAUGCUUUUGACUAUGGGAGUAUUCAACCACUCUGCUCAUUCAUUGAAAAGAAUCUGGAAGUCACAUCUUCGGCGACUCAACUGCCCAGACCUGCGGCGCAGAUGGAGGCUUUGUAUAGCGAGUUGGUGAAACUCCUUCCUCGUUGUUCAUGUAAUAGGCGUGGAACGAAGCCUGAGUCAGGACCAUCGCCAACAGAAAGUGGUACCCAGGUGAGUAAGGGAAGUGAGGGUGAUCCUGUGGCUGCUGGUGAAACCUUUUCCGUGUCAUCAACACAAUGCAAAUGCCCUAAUACAAACUGGACACAGCUAGAUGAAUCACUACUGACCGAAGUGCGGCUGAUAAUUUUACGACACGAGGCACCACUGUAUACUGAUGCACUUCAGCUUUCACUUUACACGGCAUCAACCGAUGCAGGUAAAUGGUUAAAUAUCGUUCAAACCUUUACAGGUGAGCUGGCAGAGUGUAGCAUGAUCGAGUACUUGUUGGACGUAACAGAUCGUGAGUCCACCACGUUUUUUGUGGAUACAGCAACAGGACAUGUUGCAACGCACUGCUUGGGUGGUCAUGCGUUGCAGAGACGUCGUCAAUCAAGACACUCCGUGGCCUUUCAGCACAGCCAAUCGCUUAACGGCGGAGAACCGGCAACGACAGAAACGGGACCAAAAGCAGAUGAAGAAGAUGUGGAUGUGACACCAGGCAGUUCCCCCUUUCCAUGCACGGAUCCUACGAUCUUCCGCCUGACAGGGUCUCUGCUCGCUGUCUUGCCCCUGAAGUGCCCCUUCGGUGUUUUUCUCAGUACCGCGACGCAGUGCCUGUUUUCUAUGCUUCGGUAUCAGACAGACCUCGUCGGGAUCGUCAAAUAUGGUCUUGAAGACCUGAGGGGGUUCGCCUGCCGCCACGUUCCCCUCCAACAAGAACAGUUUCCUGAGAGCACACGAGGUUUUAACGCCGAGUCGGGGAGGCGGCCCACAAGUGAGCACGGAAGGGGGAGCACAGAUGUGGAUUCUAUACCAGGAGGUUUGGGGUUAUCUCCAUAUGCGGGGUUAUCACCGAAGGGAUCGAACAACCAAGUACCCACUUGUGUUUCACAUCGUCCAGGGGAGGUGCGAGUGAACACAUUUUCUAUAGCAGAUGCCUCGGGGGCGUCACUGCACUCGGCGUUUACCGGGGGGACGUUGCGAGACGGUUCCCCACGUAAUACGCCAGAGUCCACAAACUCACAACCCCCAUUGCAUUCAACACAGGAUGUCAUCACUGCGCACGAGAAGACAGUGAGGUGUGAAGUGCAAGAACCAUUUCCGCAUGCGAUGGAGAGUUGGGUGGUGGCGAAUAAAGGACAAGGUGCCACCGUCGAUGGGGCACCGUUGAGGAGAAAAUCAUCGUCCGCCGCGGUAUUGGGACUCAUUUCGGGGAUUUCAGUGAAGAAAGCCGCACAGCAACGUUCACUUAACUUGGAUUUACCCAAGCUUUUUGAUUGCGCUUCUAUCUUCGUGAAACUUAGCGAUGAUUUGUUGCCGAUGCGUAGAGAACCAGCUGUCGAGGCUUUUUCUGGACUACAGAGUAAAAGUUUCAAAGACUCAGUUGACACCCUCCGCUGUGAGAGGGCUCGUGAAGAUUUAAAGGCCACUGGGUCCCUGCAACAUGCAACGAGUGAUACCGAAGUCGAAGAAAAACGUAUGCUGCAGCCUGAUAAAAGUUGUAACGCUCACCCACAUAAUGCGAAUGUGGCAAUCACCGCACGAACUGUUGAGAGCCGCGUGGUUCAACUGAUUAAUGCUGCUGUAAAUAACAAAAAUCUUAUAGGAACUACAGAUGUUCCACAUCGAUGGCGUAGUUGGGCACCGCAGUGGUGA